UUCUGGGGAUUUCAUAUGGCAUAUGGCAGCACUAAAACAUCGUUCAAGAAAUGACUAAUUUGCCAGUUUUAAGUAUUUACUCAAUGCCCAGCUAAUUACACAUCGGAAAACAACAAAACGUACGGCGGAAAAAGUUGGAGACGCGAGCGGGAAAACCAGCGAAGCAGUCAAGAUGAAGAGGCAAUUCGCGAAAAUCAAAAUUGCAGCCGAAAAUCUGUCAAGGUCCACCAAGUCGGAUUGCAAAGAUUCGGAGCUGGAGACGAUUGAACGUCAGGUGGACAGAUACCGGGAUACUAUCGAGAAGAUUGUUCGCAAGCUGCCGGCGUUGAGCAGCAGCGGAAAUAGCAGCAGCAGCAGCAAUGGUCAGGUGAGCAGUGAGGAGCAGGAUAAGCGGACCAAGAAGAACAGCCACUACAAGAUUGCCCAGGCGCUGGAUGAGUCUGCCAAGGAGUUGCCCAAGGAUAUGCCGCUCCAAAAGGUUCUGGCCAAUUGCGGUGAGCUGGAGAAGACGAUGGCCGAGUGCAUCAUCGAGAGCGAGCUGGAGACGGAGACAAAGGUGGUGCGGCGACUGAAAAACAUCUUGGACAAGGAAAUCCAGGAGAUCUCCGCGCUCAAGCGCAACGUAUCCCGCACUCUGCAGGAGUACACCUCUCUGAAGCGCAGCUACGAGGCGGCAAUCCGACUGGAGGAACCGGCGGCCAAGGUCAACCAAAUCAAGAGCCAGCAGGAGGAGUGCGAGGUGAAGCUGGAGAAGGAUCGGGAUGCCUGGGCGGCACAGAUGCUGGAACUGAUAUCCAAGGAGGACGAGAUCGUCAGCUGCAUCCGCGACUAUGUGCUCAACCAAAGAAACUACCACGAACGGGCGCUGCAACAUGUGAACGCUUCCCUGGCCCGCAUUCAGGACACCAUUCAGUCCACGGAGAAGUCCCGCUUUGGCACCUCGCUGAAGGAGCACCUGACGUCUACCAACCGCGAGAUCUCGUAUAUCGUGGAGCUGUGCUGCUGUUGCCUGCUGGAGCAUGGGCUGGAGGAAGAGGGUCUGCUGCGCGUCGGAUGUGCCAGCACCAAGCUGCGCCGCAUGAAGCACGCCCUGGAGGCGCAGCACGUGAAAACGCCGCUUCCGCUCGACUACCAGGAUCCGCACGUCAUUGGCUCCAUACUCAAGCUCUACCUCCGCGAGCUGCCGGAGCCACUGCUCACGUAUGGCUUGUAUAAGGACUUUAUACGGAUCGCCGAGCGCCACAGCGAGGCCGAACGCAAAACCGAAAUCAAAGCCAUUCUGGGGAAGCUGCCCAAGGAGAACUACGCCAACCUGCGCUACCUCACCAAGUUCCUGGCGCUCGUCCAGCAGCGUUCCGUGCACAACAAGAUGAGCUCCCAGAACCUGGCCAUUGUUAUGUCCCCGAACAUGCUCUGGCCCCGCAUCGAUAAAAGCAGCAACGCGCCCGCGGACUACAUCGGCCAAGUGAACAGCUCCUCGGCGGCCAACAUCAUUGUCGAGUUACUUAUCAGCCAGUGGGACUACUUCUUCACGGGCGAGGUCGACUUUUAUCUGACACUGCAGAAGCAGAAGCUUUUUGUGGAGGGCAAGAGCAAGUCGAACUCUUCAAACGAGCAUCUGGACAAGCACGAUAGUGAAGUCCUAGAAAGUCCUCGCUAUGGAACCCUGCGAAGGCAGAAGCAGGCAGCUCCCUCACCACCCACCACCAACGGGAAUGGCACCAACAACAUGACCACAUCACAGACUUCGCAUCGGCCGCAUGCCAAGGAACUGUUUCCACAGCAGCCGCCUGCGCAGCCACAGGAGAAGCCGGCGAAACCACCUCUGCCGAACCUGCCUCAGUUCCAAACACCCGCCGCCAAUCAGCCGACGCAGGUCACGCAGCUAGAGGCCCUGCCUCCACCUCCCGUGACACCAGCGAAGCCAGUGCCCAUGACACGAACGCAAUUCUUCGGGCUUGACAAUCUGCCUUCGCCGACGGCUGAUCGCAAGAGCACAGAUAGCAUCGGUAGCUUUAAGCUGAAACCGGAUGUGCCGCAAAAGCCCCUGCUUCCCAAACGGCCGGCAGUUUUGGGAGUAGGAAUGGGCAAAAACGAUGGCAAAAGCGAUGAUGAGGGUGCCGUGACACCCACCCAAGCGACAAUUGAUAAUGGCAACGGCAGCGUUCGCUUCAAAACGGAAAACUUUCUGGAAAAGCUGCGACAGGAGAAUGCUGUCGAGACGAAUGGAACACGAGAGGAGGCCACGGUCAAGGAGAACAACCAUAACCACGAGCAGCAAUCUACGGCAGCGGAGCCACCGCCGGCACAGCAACCUCAGGCAACUACGCCCAUCUCCCCAAACUCAUUUCAAACACCCAAGAGACCAACUGUGCCAGCGCCGCCACCUCCAACAAAUCGCAAGCAAUCGGAUUAGAGGAUAACCGGAGCAGGAGGAGAGGAGGUUUUGCCGUUUUGUGGAAACGCAGAAAGAGUCAUUAGGUGUUACUGUUUACUCGUUAAGACUUGAACGCACAGUAGUAUGAACAAUAUUACGUAAUUUAAAUGAUCCUUGCGGUUAGGAGACCUUGUGCAUUAUAGAGAGAAUAACCUCUGCGUAUUUUGCAUUUGUAUUUUUGCCUUGUCCAUAAGCAAUCUAAUUUAGCCAUAUAAAAUUAUCAACCGAUAUCCAUUUAUUUGUAUGCGUAUACAUAUAAAAUAUAUAUCCAUAUAUAUAUAUAUAUAGUCUGUAGUAGGCCACCAUAACUCAAUCGUCGAAAUUUGAUUUAAACGUUAGCACAUGCGAGCUCUUAAUUGUUAAUCCUUGUUUGAAAGGUUGUGAUAGAUCAGAAUGGUUUGUGUUUCCUUAAUUUUGUAAUUGCAUUUCUUUUGCGCCAAUUUUGUUUCCUUUUUUUCCAACGAAAGACACUUUUCAUUGUGAUUUACCUUUUCUAAAAUGAUGAUUUCGAUAAAGUGUGAGUUCCAUUGCUCCACUAAGAGAAUUAAGAUUCCAAUGUAUUCAUUUGAUUUGAAAAUCAGCUGUACAUCUUCUGUGAGUUAUUUGGAUGCAUGAUGUAUUAUGCUUUGUAUUUUGCUUUAUUAAUAUGUAAUGCAACUAUUUUUAUUUUUAUUUUAUAAUAAAAGUAUGUAUGAAGAAUUGUUGUGUAUAUAAAAUAUACAUUAAAAAAUGAAGAGUAUGAUUUGACCAGAAA